AUGUCAGAAGAUUAUUUUCGACCCUUUGGAUUGUUAGAAGGACAAAGGAAAGCAUACACACAAAUUAAUACUAUACUUUAUGCUGAAGGUAAAAGUUUUGCAGAUUUUCCACAAAUGGAACAAUUAAUAGAAAAUAAUGAAGAACGUGAUUAUAUGACAUUUGAAGAAGAUAUGGAAAUUGAUACUAAUGAUCAUAGUAAUAAUUGUAUUUAUAUCGAUGGUCCAGGUGGUUCAGGCAUUGCAGCGACAUUAUUGCCAGCAGGAAAAACAGUUCACAAAACAUUUGGAUUGCCGGUUCCAUUAUUUGCUGAUUCAUCAUCCAGCAUUAAAAUUCAAUCUAAGGAAGCUCAUUAUUUAAAAGAAGUAGACAUUUUUAUUUGGGAUGAAGCACCAAUAGCUCCACAAUAUGCUUUAGAAAUUGUGGAUCGAACGUUGCGUGAUAUUAUGAAUAAUAAUUUACCUUUCGGUGAAAAAAUUAUUGUGUUAGGUGGUGAUUUUAGACAACUUCUUCCUAUUAAAGUACAUGGUACUCGAAGUGUAUUGUAUCCAUUAAUACCGAUAUUGUACAAGAUAUAUAUGGCAAUUUAA